AUCACUUCCGGCAAAUUUGCCGGUUGAUCUUCGUUGUUUACAAAAAUGACUUCUAAACGCAAGGCAGACGGCCAAGUCCCGGCCGAAGAGAGCGACCAGCUCAUAAUCAGACCAUUGGGUGCUGGCCAGGAAGUUGGGAGAUCAUGUAUCAUGUUGGAAUUCAAGGGCAAGAAAAUCAUGCUGGAUUGCGGGAUACAUCCUGGACUGAAUGGGUUUGCCUCCCUUCCAUUUCUUGAUCUUGUUGAGGUGGAGGAAAUUGAUCUUCUGCUUAUCAGCCAUUUUCAUUUGGAUCACUGUGGAGCCCUGCCGUUUUUCCUGGAGAAGACUGCUUUCAAAGGUCGUUGUUUCAUGACCCAUGCCUCUAAGGCUAUUUACAGAUGGCUGCUGUCUGAUUAUGUUAAAGUCAGCAAUAUUGCCACCGAGGAUAUGCUGUAUUCAGACAAGGACAUUGAGAGUAGCAUGGACAAAAUAGAAACUGUUAAUUUCCAUCAGGAAACAGAGGUGAAUGGGGUGAAAUUUUGGUGUUAUAAUGCUGGCCAUGUGUUAGGAGCUGCCAUGUUUAUGAUAGAAAUAGCCGGUGUGAAGAUUCUGUACACAGGAGAUUUUUCCCGACAAGAAGAUCGUCAUUUGAUGGCAGCCGAGAUACCCAAUGUCCACCCGGAUGUUGUCAUUAUUGAAUCCACCUAUGGUACACACAUCCAUGAGAAGAGAGAAGACCGAGAGGCCAGGUUUACAGGUCUGGUUCACGACAUCGUGAACAGAGGAGGACGCUGUCUGAUUCCUGUGUUUGCUCUUGGCAGGGCCCAGGAGCUGCUACUCAUCUUAGAUGAAUACUGGGGAAAUCAUCCAGAACUUCAUGAUAUCCCCAUAUACUAUGCCUCUUCUCUGGCUAAGAAGUGCAUGAGUGUCUAUCAGACGUAUAUCAACGCCAUGAAUGACAACAUUCGCAGGCAGAUUACCAUGAGCAACCCAUUUGUCUUUAAACACAUUUCGAAUCUAAAGAGCAUGGACCAUUUUGAGGACAUUGGCCCCUGUGUGGUGAUGGCCAGUCCUGGCAUGAUGCAGAGUGGACUGUCCAGAGAGCUGUUUGAGAGCUGGUGUACAGACAAGAGGAAUGGCUGUAUCAUAGCUGGUUACUGUGUGGAAGGCACUCUUGCUAAGCAUGUCUUAUCUGAACCUGAUGAGAUAGUCACGAUGACAGGACAGAAGCUCCCUCUCAAGUGCUCUGUAGAUUACAUAUCCUUCUCCGCUCACACAGAUUACCAGCAGACCAGUGAGUUCCUGCGGGCCCUCAAACCCCCACACUGUGUGUUGGUGCAUGGGGAAGCCAAUGAGAUGAGCAGGUUAAAAGCUGCACUAAUUCGGGAGUACGAGGAUAAUGUUGACUAUCAGAUGAUUGUACACAACCCUCGUAACACAUGCGCUGUUGAACUGCACUUUAGAGGGGAGAAAAUGGCCAAGGUUGUUGGCAGUCUGGCCUCUGAGAAGCCCACUCAAGAUCAGAAGAUUUCUGGCAUUCUCGUCAAGAGAAACUUUAACUACCACAUUGUGUCUCCCACAGACCUGCCCAACUACACUGACCUAGCCAUGAGCACGGUGACUCAACGUUUAAGUGUGGGCUACACGGGCACUCCCCUGCUCCUCAAGUAUUACCUGAGUCAGCUAGCCGGGGAUGUGGAACAGGUGGAGACCCAGGAGAAAAAGGCCUUUGUUCUGUUUAACUCCAUUACUGUCACGAUGGAACUAAGGAUGGCUGUUGUUGAGUGGAUCGCAAACCCAGUGACAGAUAUGUACGCUGAUGCGGUCGUCAUGGUGAUUCUGCGGGCCGAAAGUGACGCCUUGCCUCAGCAUAUACCCAAUAAGCUGGUUGUGGACAAAUCACAUUUCCGUGAGUGUUUACUGGAGAUGCUGUCUGAGAUGUUUGGUACAGAGUGCAUCAGUAAGGUCAUCAAGGCAGACAAGAUGACGGUCACUGUCAAUGAGAAAGUCGCCACCAUUAACGUGGACAGCUUGGCGGUGAAGUGUGACGAUGAGUCAUUACAGCAGGUGAUACAAACAGCUGUGACCAAACUACACCAAGCCGUCAACCCUCUCAAGGCAUAAAACGACUUUGCCGGCUCUCAUUAUCUCAUGUGUACAUUGCUCAUUCACGCUUCUCAAAGGAUGAACAUUGCUUUGUCAACCUUUACAGAAGGCAAACGUCGUUUACCCCAUGUGCUGUCGAAGAAUGAACAAUGUUUGUUUGUCCUAACAGAGAGUAGACAUCAUUUCAUGGUAAAAGAUCUGCAAGGAUAGACAGUGCUUUAUAAGUCUUUCCAGAGGGUAGGCUUCAUCACAGUCAGCGAUCAAGAACAUUGCUUUGCAAGUCUUCACAUAGGAUAGGCAUCCUUUCGUGGUCAUUGCUCUACUAGGAAUGACAGUGCUUUAUAAGUUUUUACAGAGGGUAGACUUCAUUUCAUGGUCAGUGAUCAAGGACGAACAUUGCUUUGUAAGUCUUCGUAUAGGAUAGGCAUCAUUUCAUAGUCAUUGUUCUACCAGUAAAAACUGGUUUAUUUCAAGUACUAUAUUAACUUUUCCUCAGCUUAACAAAUUAUGUGAUUCAGAUUUGUUGGAAUUUUAUAAUGUUAAUUAUAAUUUAUAAUUAAUAAUUAUAAUGAAGCUUUGUAGUACUGUUGUGUUAGCCUGUACUGUGGAGAUCAGUUGCUAUAUGAACUAUAUAAUUUGUUUAAUUUGCAAUAUAUUUAUUAACUUUGGAAAAGAAAGUUGUGCAAGUCAUUCAAGGUUUUUGGGCCAGAUGCUGGCUUGUAUAACUGGUUUUUCUCUCCCAAAUUCAUUCUCAGUCCUCUGCUUGUACUCUUCUUGUAUAUGAGAGCAUUGAAAUAACUGGUGUUGAAAUAAUAACCCUGAUACAAGACUAUAGUCUAUUUCUUUAGAGAGUCACUUAUAUUCAUCUGUCCGUAAAAUCAGCCAUACUUGCUACCAAAAUUUCCUUUAGUCACUGACACAUAACAACACAAGCUCUACACAUAGAUAUGUUGGAAGUACAAGUUGGAACACUUUUUCUAAUUCAUAAUGUUGUGAUGUUCAAAAACAAGUGGCAAGCUUGGGAUUGUGCAUGGAAAGCAAUUUGUUUCACAAUAGGUGCACCAACAUGCUGUUAGAACAAGCUCCACGCAGUAACACAGCCGACACUACACUAUCGGUGAGUAGACUGCAUUGUUUAAACAAAAUUUCCUAAUAUCCAGCUUUAAAACCAUUCUGCCAGGAGAUCACAUACAACAGAUAGAAUUAAAUUCAUUUAUGAAGGUUAUAUCAGACUAAAACGUGUAAACAGUUCCAGAAUGUCAGUGUCAGAAACUAGGAUUACAGUAAAGUCGACAGCAGUUGGGGUAACUGGUGUCACCCUCCGUCAAGACAUGUUGAACUCCGUCAAUUAUCCAGCAUGCCACUGGUUUUUGAAUAAUUAUGAUUGUCACUCAAGGCAAUGGGUUCUUGCUGUCAAAACCAGACAUUAUGAAUUAGAAAGUGUUCUAACUUCUGUUUCCUUCUGUGAACAUAUCAAUGUGUAGAGCUUAUGUUAUGUAUCAAGUACUAAAGGCAAUUUUGGUAGCGAGUAUGACUGAUUUUACAGACAGCUGAAAAUAGGUGACUCUCGAAAAGAAAUAGGCUAUAGUGACAUGUAAUCACAGCACACAUGCGCCAGUUUACCUAUAACUGGAUGAGAGUUUAUCUUGUGUGUGCUAAGUGCCUGAUGUUGAUUAGUGGCUGUAACGUCUGGUUCUUUGACACUGAUGUAAAAUGUAAACUAUAUCAGGUGGUCUGAUGCAUGUGUACAUUGAAGUCUCACAAACAUUUAAUACCAUUUAAUACCAAGACCAUCUCAGACAACAGGGCUUAUUUUUGAAAGUGUUUUAGCUAAUACUAAGUCAUAUUUUAUAUUUAAGAUAUUAGCUAAAUUAAGCAACCGAUGCAGUUGUCGAACAUCAGAGUAUGAAAACAGCUGUUUAUAUUCACAUUUGAUUAACUGUUAUUUUUGGGCUGAGUACAAAACUGAUGACUUAGCUUAACGUUAAAUCUGGUCUUCAAACAGUUUUGAACAACUGUGCCCAGCAUUGUAAAUACCAAAAUGGGUGAUGUACAUGUAGCUUGCUGCAAUUGUUAAAUGUGGAUAAAACAUAAAAAUGACAAAGUUCAGAUGAAAGAGGGCGAAAAUUUAUUCCUAAAUGUGGUCUUCAAUAUUUUUCAGAUUUUUUUUUUUUUAAGGAGAAAGAGACACUUGAAAAUAAUUUUUGUAGGGUGGGUAUUUGGGACCACCAUUUGGUAUUUAUAGUCUCUGCUUAAUAAUGUCAAAAAUGAGGAUGUACAACAGGUUUAAUAUUUUUGCACUAGAAUUUGCUCUUUUAAGCUAACAAAUGUUUUAAACCUCAAUUUGGAUCAUAUUUAAAUUUUUAAUAUGUUCAUAAAUUAGGUUAAAUGCAUGUGUUUUGAAAUAAACAACAGAUUUACAUUCAAAUAAAUUUAUUAGACAAGCAUCACAUCCUUAUUUAGAACAUUAUUAGGCAACAAUGAUAAAUACCUAAAAUUGGUCCCAAAUACCCACCAUACAAAAAUAUUUUCAAAUAAGUUUUGAUGCUCUUUCAUCUGAUUUUGGCAUCAUUUUUAUGUUUUCUUCUUCUUUAAGUGAAAUGUACAAGAUUACAACAGCCAGUUUUGAACUGUUCAUUUUAGAUGCUCUGGCUGUUGAAAUAUGUACUAGUGAAAGUUGUAAAUACCUGUAAAUAUGUGUACAUGUAUUGUUUUGUAGGUAAUAAAAAGUAAAACAUCUUGAACAUAUUUUUUGUCUUGAAUAACAGGCAUGGUUUGAUCUUAAGCGGUUGGUUUUAAAUUGUUGUAACGUGAAGAAAGCGUUCAAAGUUGGUUGUUAUUCUAACAACACUGUGCCUUGUCAAUUGUCAUAAAGAAAAACAUUACAAAUACGGCUUCAGUUUUUUGUCCUAAAGUUUCCAGGGUUGAGGUCAUGGCACUUAAGAAUUAACUGAUGGACUUCCCCAUGCUCCUGUGAGUCAGAGUUUUACCUAGAGAGUGUAUGUCAUACCAGUGGACAAGAGAUUUCCCUGAAGGCUACUUGAAACACUGUAUCAACGUGGUCUAUGACUUACUGCCACCAGCAGGCGUAUCAGUCAUGUAAGAGUGAGAUUUGCAGGUUGCCUGAUAGAACGGACACAUGAAUGCGAGUAUCAUUUUGAAUUAAAUUCAGGUUGAAGCGGGCUUUCGCAUUACUUGAACACUAUCCCCACCAAGGCUCGGAGAAUCUUGAAAGCUCCGUGUCUGAGGAUUGGAGUGAACCCGUACACUGUGUGGUCACACACCCAUCACAUUUGCUAUUUGGUGCUUUACGUUCCAUUCAAUAAAUGUUUUACAUUGGUAAUAUUGAAUGUGUUUCUUAACAUGGAAAUCUCGACUACAGUGUUUCCUCAUUGAAAUGGUGUAAUGCCACACCAGAUGAUCAUGUCAUGUGUGGACAUAUAACCAUGCUGCUUCUAUAAAACGGAAUAUUACAUCAGAUGUCUCAACAAGUUCUCAGUGAAGAAAUGUAUCUCAAGUGGUGCCUUACGAAAAUGGCUUAAUGUCACAUUAAAUGUCCCAACCUGUUGGUGUCCUCAAUGUGGAGGUAUCAACUUUGCUGCCUCAUUAAAAUGGCCUACCACACCAGAUGUCCCAACUUGUGUGCUCAAUGUAGAAAUGUAUCUGCCUCACCGAAAUAGCUUAAUGUCACAUCAGAUGUCCCAACAUAUAAGUGUUCUCAAUGUGGGCAUAUCAACCACGCUGCCUCACUAAAACUGCACAACACACUAGGUGUCAGUGUUAAUAACUUGUACGUUUCAGUGCUGCCUCACUAAAAUGGCAUGUUACACCAGGGGCUGAUUCCACAAAACCAGUUUUGACUGAAGUCAAAAAUCAGAAAUAUGAUUUUAGAGCUUAUUUUUGAGGCCUGUGAUUUAAAAUUUUGACCACCUCAUCAAUGUUAUAUUAAGACAAAUAUGUUGAAAUUUCAUCUUACAUUACCGAAAAGUAAAUACUGUGAGAACAUUUUAUUUUUUGACCUGUGUCAGAAAUGUCUUUGUUGAAUUGGCCCCAUAUGCCCCACCACCUCACAAUGUCAGUACUUGGCCUACUGACUUUUUCCUAGAGUCCAAUAAGGUAGGACCAGGAAUGCCAAUAUGACAAUGGUUUGAACCCACUUUUCCCCACUCUAAAGACUCGUGCUCUAUCACCGUGACGUUCUUGUGUGGUAUUAGAAAGCAUCAUUCAUGCUCAUGUUUAUCAUUUAUACUCAACACCAAAGAGUGAUUUAUUCAUUCUUGUCAUAUUGCCAAGUGCUCUGGCAAUAUUCCAGCCAUAUUAUGAAGAUUUCAGCACUUAACAUACAUGUGGUUCCUUGCUAAAAGUUUGAGUGACUACUAGUUUAGAACAAAUGCUACACGCUGGAGAAUACCACAUUUAAUCUUAAAGUUCAGACAAGAAAAAAAAAAAUGUUUUAAAAUGAAAAUAAUGGAGUUAAAAUUUAGCUUUUGGAGCAGAAACUUAGGUUUUGCUAGUUGGAAA